AUGGGACUGAAAGAAAUCGAAAAGAUUAUAAACAAACACAGUGGCGAACAACGAGCUGAAAUCAUAAAUUACUAUAAGAAAAUGGUUGAUGAUGCUGUUGAAAGCCAAUCCCGCAUAGACUCUAAACUGGUGCGUCUGGUCGUUGAUGCUUCAAGGUAUCUUCCGUCUUCUGAAAGACAGCUGAUUUUGGACAAGACAGUCAACACAAAGGCGUUCCAAAUACGGACGUUCAUUCUUAAUACUCUCAAAAGUGACUUCUCUACAGAAAAGAGCCAUUUUUCAUCAUUUUCUGAGUGGAUGGUUGUAGCGAUACAGGAAAUCAGCAACACCUUUUACGAGGCAAAUGACAAACUGCCAGCACCUAUUGACAAGGAGUUGGUGGAGAAUUUUCAUAAGAAGUUUUGUGGAGAGCUUCGACUCAUUUUCUGUUCCAAUGAAAAGUUUGGCUCGGCGGGAAAUCAGCUUUUGAUAGACCUUAAAAAGUAUUUUGAGAGCUUUGAGGGGUUUGAAGACGAAAAGACAUUUUUGACAGACCGAGUUAGAAAAAACUUUAAUAUUGGCAAAGCUUUUACAAAAGAGAAAAUAAAUGAGAUAUUUGGCCAAAUUGAACAAGGAAAUAGUGAAAGAAGGAUAGUGAAAUAG